AUGUGCGAUGCAACAUUCACCUUCGGCCAGCGAGGCAGCCACUUCUUCCAGUGCGCAUCGCGGCGCGAGAUCACCCGCGUACCCAGGAAACUGAUAGCUAUUCUCUCAUCAUCUCAAAUUCAACAAGUCCAUCAUGUUGCCCUUGGUUUCGAAGACAGCUUCCUCAUCACAUGGCGCGACCGAGACGGUAGUGAUCGCAUAAACAGCGGAGGGCUUCCAAACGAGCUUACGGGUUUCUUGUACAGCAAAAAUCCUCAAGGCCAGCUCGUCCGCAACAUUUCAGCUAUACGCUGUGUCCUUGGAGCUUACAACUCGUCAUUCUUCGUGCACGACUCCUCGGCAUAUUUGUGGAUGAACAUACCGGACGGUCUACUUAGUGCUCUACAGUCUCAAAUCAAGAACGGAGCUUGGAUCGACAGGCCACGCAUUGUGGCACUUGGGGCAGAUGACAACUUCCUCCUAAUCACCAAAAAGAACGCAGCAAUGUGGGACCUGGACAAUUACAAGACAGUAUCAGAUAUGCUGGAAUUUUCUCGUACGCAAGAGCACGGUAUACCAGAGAUCCACAAUAUCAUCCUGCACCCAUAUCGCUAUGGCUGCUUCGUUGCGCAGUCGAAGAACGGGACAUUGCUGCACGAAAACUUGCCACCCCACCAAUCGCCCGGUCUAGCAAACAUGAUUGAUCCGAUUUUGCGGGAAACGGAGCGCGCCAACAGAAAGGUGGUGCAGCGAAGUGAUAGUGAAAAGAGGGAGACCAUUCACAGACGACCGAGUGCGAUGCAAGAAAGAGCGAGGGUCAAAAGGGAAUGGAGCGAGCACAAGCAGCAGUUCACAGCGCAAUCCAAGGGACUCAAGCUUAGUCUGAGCCUCAGUAUCGGCGUUGGAGGGCUGGCGCGAAUGCUGGGAUAA